GGGCCGCCGGGCUUCUCAGUGCUGUGUCGCCUUCAGCUUCUGCCGCUGCGUCCCUGAAGCCAAUUGCAGCUGAAAAGCUGCUUGGAACCCACUGAGUGGAGGACUUGUGGUCCUGGGAACGCCCCUGGCCCUGCUGCUGGGAGUCGGGUAGACGGUGGUGCCAAGUUCCCGUGACUUCUCUGCCAGAAUGAGAUGGGGCCACCAUUUGUCCAGGGCCUACUGGGGCUCUGGUCUGGGAAGACCAGCGCCACCAUCAGAUGAAUGGACGUCCUUCGUGAUUCACUGGAGUCGGCCGCUUCAAGGGGAGCAUCCUCUUGGGUCCCCUAGAGCCUUCGUGCGCCACCAUGGGAGUUCAGUAGAGAGUACACCCCCACCAGGGAGGCACACACAGCUGUUCAGGAGCCAAUCAGCCACUGAGGCCAUUCAGAAACACCGCCGGAACCUGGCUGAGUGGUUUAGCCGGCUGCCCAGGGAGGAGCGUCAGUUCGGCCCAUCCUUUGCACUGGACACGGUCCACGUUGACCCCGUGAUCCGGGAGAGUACCCCUGAUGAGCUCCUUCGCCCACCUGCAGAGCUGGCCUUGGAGCAGCAGCAGCCACUUGCACCUGGGCUGCCACCGCUGGCCCUGGCUCAGCUCUUCGACCCAGAUGCCUGUGGACGGCAGGUGCAGACGGUGGUGCUGUAUGGCACGGUGGGCACAGGCAAGAGCACCCUGGUACGCAAGAUGGUCCUGGACUGGUGUUACGGGCGACUGCCGGCCUUUGAGCUGCUCAUCCCCUUCUCCUGUGAGGACCUGUCGUCGCUGGGCUCUGCCCCAGCCUCCUUGUGCCAGCUAGUGGCCCAGCGCUACGCGCCCCUGAAGGAAGUUCUACCCCUGAUGGCUGCAGCAGGGUCUCGCCUUCUGUUUGUGCUCCAUGGCCUGGAACGUCUCAACCUUGACUUCCGGCUGGCGGACACAGGGCUCUGCAGUGAUCCCCAGGCGCCGGGGGCACCAGCUGCCAUCAUCGUCAACCUGCUGCGCAAGUACAUGCUCCCUGAGGCCAGCAUCCUGGUGACCACGCGGCCCUCGGCUGUUGGCCGCAUCCCCAGCAAGUACGUGGGCCGCUAUGGUGAGAUCUGUGGCUUUUCUGAUACCAACCUGCAGAAGCUCUACUUCCAGCUCCGCCUCAACCAGCCCGACUGUGGGCAGGGUGCCGGGGGUGCCGGUGUUUCCACCACACCCGCUCAGCGGGACAACCUGGUACAGAUGCUCUCUCGGAACCUGGAGGGACACCACCAGAUCGCUGCUGCCUGCUUCCUGCCCUCCUAUUGCUGGCUCGUCUGUGCUACCUUACACUUCCUGCAUGCCCCUACACCUGCUGGCCAGACCCUCACCAGCAUCUACACCAGCUUCUUGCGUCUUAACUUCAGCGGGGAGACGCUGGACAGCACUGACCCCUCCAAUUUGUCGCUAAUGGCCUAUGCCGCCCGGACCAUGGGCAAACUAGCCUAUGAGGGGGUGUCCUCUCGCAAGACUUACUUCUCGGAGGAGGAUGUCCAAGGCUGCCUGGAGGCUGGCAUUCGAACAGAAGAGGAAUUUCAGCAGCUCCACGUCUUCCGCCGGGAUGCCCUGAGGUUUUUCCUGGCCCCGUGCGUGGAGCCAGGGCACCUGGGCUCCUUUGUGUUCACUGUGCCCGCCAUGCAGGAAUACCUGGCUGCCCUCUACAUCGUGCUGGGUCUGCACAAGACCACCCUGCAGCGGGUGGGCAAGGAAGUGGCUGAGAUGGUGGGCCGCGUUGGGGAAGACGUCAGCCUGGUCCUGGGCAUCGUGACCAAGCUGCUGCCUCUGCGGAUUCUGCCUGUGCUCUUCAACUUACUCAAGGUGGUCCCACGAGUGUUUGGGCGCGUGGCAGGAAAGAGUCGGGAGGCGGUAGCCCAGGCCAUGGUGCUGGAGAUGUUCCGGGAGGAGGACUACUACAAUGACGACGUCCUGGACCAGAUGGGUGCCAGCAUUCUGGGUGUGGAGGGGCCUCGGCGCCACCCGGAUGAGCCACCCGAUGAUGAAGUCUUUGAACUCUUCCCCAUGUUCAUGGGGGGGCUGUUAUCUGCUCAUAACCGGGCUGUGCUGGCUCAGCUGGGCUGCCCCAUCAAGACCAUGGAUGCCCUGGAGAACGCCCAGGCCAUCAAGAAGAAGCUGGGCAAACUGGGCCGGCAGUUGCUACCCCCCUCGGAGCUCCUGGACCACCUCUUCUUCCACUAUGAGUUCCAGAACCAGCGCUUCUCUGCUGAGGUGCUCAGCUCCCUACGUCAGCUCAACCUGGCUGGUGUGCGCAUGACACCCCUCAAAUGCACUGUGGUGGCAGCCGUCCUGGGCAGCAGAAAACACUCCUUGGAUGAGGUGAACUUGGCCUCCUGCCAGCUGGACCCUGCUGGGCUGCGCACACUCACACCUGUCCUGUUGUGUGCCCGAAAGUUGGGCUUGCAACUCAACAGCCUGGGCCCUGAGGCCUGCAGGGACCUCCGAGACUUGCUGCUGCAUGACCAGUGCCAAAUCACCACCCUGCGGCUGUCCAACAACCCGCUGACGGCAGCAGGUGUCGCCCUGCUCAUGGAGGGGCUGGCAGGAAACACCUCACUCACGCAUCUGUCCCUGCUGCACACUGGCCUUGGGGAUGAGGGCCUGGAGCUGCUGGCCGCACAGCUGGACAGCAACCGGCAGCUGCGGGAGCUGAACGUAGCCUACAAUGGUGCUGGCGACACCGCAGCCCUGGCCCUGGCCAAGGCUGCCCGGAAGCACCCAUCCCUGGAGCUGUUACACCUCUACUUCAACGAGCUGAGUUCAGAGGGACGCCAGGUCCUGAGAGACUUGGGGGCUGCUGCUGAAGGCGGUGCCCAGGUGGUGGUUUCGCUGACGGAGGGAACAGCAGUGUCCCAGUACUGGUCCAUGAUCCUUGGGGAAGUCCAGCGGAACCUUCACAGCUGGGACCGGGCCCGGGUGCGACGCCACCUUGAGCUGCUACUCCGGGAUCUGGAAGACAGCCGCGGAGCCACCCUGAAUCUCUGGUACAAGGCCCAGCUGCUGCGAGUGGAGGGCGAAGUCAAAGCCUUGCUUGAGCAGCUGGGAACCACUGGAAGCUGAGCUCCAAGGCCAGCGAGCUCCCAGCUGGUGACCCCUGGCCCCAAUUCUUCCUUCUGUGGCCUCCUGUCUUGCAUUUUCCCUUCUAGAAAGAUCCCUUUGAGGCUAGAAGCAUAGCCAGCUGCCCUCUUGGGAGCUGGCCAAGCAGUGGUCCCAAGUCCAAAUUUCCAAGGUCAAAAAUGGCCACUCGAUGCCCUAGGUUGCAGCUGGAUAUGCCACUUCCCUCUUUGGCCUGGAAGACUGCAUGAAGGGGUAUUUGGGUGCUCAGACUACUCUCAGGCACUCUCCCCAAGCUUGUCAUCUCUCCCUCCUAUCUGGGAGCCUCUGAUUGGGCCUCCCAGGAGAACACUUCCUACGUCUGCCAUGCCAGGGGUACUGCCAUUCAGCAGAUGUCUUGGAAGGGCCUGCCCCUGCCUCACACCCCUCUGUGGACACUGGUGAUGCCCUCACACUGGUGCUUCCCCUCUACCCUCAUGCUCCCUUUACCCACAGUGGUACUGAUGACCCCCGGGGUAGGUGCAAUCAGCUUAUUGCUAUUAAACAGUUACGUGUCUUCCACCUGUUGUGCCUU